AUGUCCAGCCACGCAAGAGAGGAGUCGCAUUCGGCCAAAAUAUGCCGUGGCGACGCCCCGCGCAAACCCAAGGCUAGACUCGAUCGCGCACUCAUGCACAAAGAAUUCCUCAAUCAUGAGCUGAAGGAUGACAACAGCCGUUCAAGUUGCCCGCUCGAGGCACUUGAGCUUCCACGUCUGCGGCGAUGCGCAUUCGAUGUGAGCACCCUCCACAUUAUCGGACCCGUCAACCCCAUCCAGACGCGUUUUGAAGAAAGGGUUGAUGGUGGCCUCGACGGAUACAACUGGCAAAUUCGAUUCGGAGAACGCGGCCCCUUUGUUUUGAAAGUCUUCUGGGAUCAAGAGCCGCCUACACCACCGCUAUACUAUGCACUGCAACGAGAAUGCCAAGCUGCAGCCGUCUUGCAGCUGAUGCAGGAAGCCCUGGCGCAAGACGAUCCCUCUCUUGACCCCGUCCUUGUUUACCCUGAACCCUGCGACUGGAGGGAGGGCUAUGAGAACAUGCUUGCAUUCAGUGAUGAAUGGCGACGCAAGGGCUCACCGUGCUCUGCCUCUACCCCAAUGACAGAGAUAACGAGUAUGCCCCGCAUAAGAAAGUGCUAUGGCUGGAUAAAAAUUGCGGGAGAUAUUCUGUACCAGCUGCCGCCCCUCUGGCAGCCACCACAUCUCAAGAUUGAAAAGAUACCGAGACAGAUAGAACGCAAUAAGGAGUAUACAGCUCUUGUCUACGAAUAUGUGGAGGAAGGGGAAAACAACGCGGAAGUCAUACAGGAGUCGUUGAACUUUUUUCGGGACGCCGGUUUCUCUCACACUCGGAUUUCGUUGGCACGCAACUGGAAAAAACGUGUCUACCUAAGUGUCAACUUCAUUCCCGGUCUCGAUAUCCCAUCCAUCAAGAUGCCUACCAUUCUUGAGGCACUCGCAGAAAAGUCUGUAGCAAAGGACUUCAACUGCAUCCUUGGCGUCGCUGGGUCAAACACGGCCUGCGAUACCACUAUUAGUAUCGAACAGUGGCAUUCUUGGGAGGACUUUACUUACAACAACAUCAAACAGAUUUUUAAGAAGGAUCUGGGUCGACGGUACAAGGGCGAGAACGAGCCGUCACCGCUACCGAUGGACUUAGAUGUUUUCAAAGAAGAUGCGACGCAAGACGCACUAGGGCGAUUCCCGGUUCCCAUUGUCAACUAUGCUCUUGACUCCAGUGGCGGUUCGGAGCAUUUCGGCCGUGGAAGCAGGUGUGAAACGAACGACAUGUAUGUACCUGACUGGUCGGUAUUGUCAAAGCCUCAUGCCAUAGAAGCUGGGAUGAUGCUGAACAUGCUUCCCGGAGACACGAAAAUCAGCUCGAAAUGGCGGUCUAGCAUGCUCGAGGACAACGACGGCAAAUUUGACGAGUGGAAGAAGGUUCUCGACCAAGUUGUUACCUACAUGGCAUGGUGGUCUGCUCGGUACGGCUUCAUCGUUACCGACACCGAAGUCGUUGCGCUGCGAAUCCAUCGCCAGCAUGUGCCCGAUGGCCUAGCCGUCCAUCGACCGCGUCGCAGCCGCCGGUCGGACGCCACCAUUACGCUGAGCAGCGACCCCGUCAGCAUUGCUUCGAGCGAAGGGUUCCAGGACACCGACCCGCUGCUUUGGGAUUUCGGGGUCGAGUACAAAGCAAUUCCGUGGUCCGCACAUGGGUCGGGGAAGCUCACAGGGAAGCUCGCCUUGUGGGCUCUAGCAAGAAUGGCAUCGUGCGGCGACCGCAGCAUUGAGUACUCCUACCCAGGUUUAGACACCUGGCGCACGCAGGAUACAGGCCGCGGCAUCGUUCACAACACAUCAGGUGCGAAACUCGACAAUCCGACGAAACAUACCGAAAUUCAGCAACGCGAUCACUUCGUUCAUGCCGCUCCAGGCGCGGGGAGCAAUACCAAGGAUCUUUCCAGCGACGAUGAAGACGCAAGCCGUUCUGAGGCUUACGAGAGCGAAGCUGUCGAGGAGCCGGAACUGCCGCAGUUCAGCAGGCCGGCCUCUGCUGGGCUGGAGCACACCGCUGCGGUGCCGGAUGCUCAACCUGCCGAGGAUCGUAAUGCAUGGAUACUGGUUAAGGUGGAAAGAAGAGGAAGGGAGUACUAUUACAAAGAUUACAAAGAACAUCGCAAGUCAUCGUCCAAGAGUGACUGGGAGGCGGUGGAUGGGGGCUAUGUCCUUCGUGGAAAAAGACAUGUUUACUUUACGAAGAAGCUGCCAUAG